AUGGUCUUCUACACAGCAAGCGCCCGGGCACUCCGACACAUUCCCUUGUCGCACUCGCUCUUUGCGCGGAAUUCAGCGUCUUCUACCACGCUCUGUGCAAUCCUCCCAGGCUCGACGCCUCUGCGAAUUCCACCUCUGCAAACUGGCUGUCAGCGACGAGGCAAACACUCGUCUCGCUCACCUGCAGGAACACGCAUCCGCGGUCCUAAGCGCGGCCUUGUACAUGUCGCGCCGGGCAGUGUCCUUGCCUCCCUCGCCUGCGAGCCGCUCGCGCAGGAUGAGGAGCAGCUCCUGGACAAGGUCGGCCGGGCGCACGCCCAGCGGGACACUCCACAGGAGGUUCAAGUACACGGCGAGGUCGAUGCGUGCGCAGUCCUACGCAAGGCGCUCAAGAGCCACGAGGGCCGCGAUGCCGAAGUGGGUGGCUGA